AUAUGUGGUUUUCUUAAACCAUGAAGUUACCAAUAAGGUAACAAGUCCAGCAGUGACUUGGGCUGUGGUACGACACUCGUUUGUCAUCCGCGUCUCAUGUUACGUUAAAGCGGACAAUGUUAAACCUGACGUAGUCGAUAUAAACCUUCACAAUAUUCUAAGUUUUGGGUUUGGUGCCAAUGCCGGCCUGGGCCCUUCGUGCCUUAAAAAGAAUAGUACGAAUACAACAUCCCUCAUGUUUCUCUCGGAUUCGUCCUCCGACAAUAACCCUCUCGUCAAGGUCGUCAAAUAUAUAGGAUUCGUCGUUCUUGCGGCCGAUAUUGUCUUCGUUAUCUCCGGAUUCAUACUACUUAUCCAUUUGUACAAGGACGGUGAAACUAGGUUGCCCCAUUUCAUUAAGUGUUUCAUGUAUUGUGCAGGGUUGGCAAUAAUUUUAUCAUUUCUUUACGGAUUAUUAUACGUGAUUACAUGCCUCGUCAUCGGAGGCUCAUUUCCAAUCUUCGAGCUUACUUUUGCAUUUAUUGAUUUAGGAAUAUGGUCAUUAUGGCUCUACUUUAUAAUUGUAUUACGCUCAUAUCUUCACCAAAUUGACUUACGACUUGAAAGGCUACGAAAUGAAUUUUAUUUUGCUUUUCUUGACUACGUAGAAGCCAGCAGGGGUUAUUUCUACCAAACAUUUUACGACUUUCUCGAUUCAAAAUUCUUCAGUCAUUUUCGCAGCAUACGAGAUCGCAUCGCGGAGUUCCUAACGCUCAUAGGUACACUCUUUGUUUCAAUUAUAAAUUACAUGUUAUAUUUUCAACUUUCAGUGUGGGUGUACUUUUUAAUGGUAGUUAAUUCCUACAGACAGAAUGUACGGUCGUGAACGGGAACGUCGAGCAGUAAUUAGAGUACAUACACCAGAGCCAACUAUACCCUAUCUCUGAUGAAAUAUCAUAUUAAUAUUAAGAAAAAUGCGAGACUUAGAAUAUGGAAUGUUACAAAUAUAACUAACUAUACAGCUUAGAGAAACGAACUUGGUAAUAUGGAUUUACGUAGGUACUACAAGUUUCAAUGAA